AACAAGAAGUCCGCAGAUGCUUCCAAAAACAAAAUAUGCCCGCCUAUCCCACACAAAUUCCCCACAGUGGACAAGUUACUACCGUCGUGAUUUCUACGCAAGUACUUUCUUUUCCAAUCCGUGUGCCGCUACUGCCUUCAAGAUGGAGCUCCUCGAUUUAGACGAAGAUUCGCUGAUGGAAAUAUUCUCCUACUUCAACUUUGAAGAACUGCUGUUCCUCUCCGUCGUGUGCGUACCAUUCUUGCAACUCUGCCGGCGCCAUUUACGAAAAAUUCGUCACUUUGAGCUUGACUACCGGAUGCUCGUAGACCGGCCGGACCGUAUCGAACAUUUGCGCAACAUAUUCCAGUCUCUCGCGCCUUCACUCGACGCCUUCCGCUUCUCCGGCGGAUACAUCAUGGACGAAACGCUGAAGCAAUCGAUCGUGUACAAUCUAGCAUCGAGCUGUGCAUCGUUGCGCCAUCUGACUAUCAACUAUGUGGUGCUGAACGAGCACCACCUAAGACCGUUAACCACUUUGCUCCCUACCCUGGUCAGCUUAGACAUGGGUCGCUGCGAUCUACAAGACAACACCCUAGCCGAGUUCUUACAGUGCCGUCCUCUGAAACUGCGUACUCUCGCCAUUCCCGGAAACUCCAUCUUGGUCGGAACGUUCUUCGACAGCUGGACAACCUGCGAUACGCUGGAGCAGCUGGACGUAAGCCAUUGCUCUUCGCUCAACAUCAAACAGAUCAAGGCGUUUCUGCUGCGGGCAGCGCGGCUAUCAGCGAUCAACGUUACCGGUUGCUUUUGGCACCAGCGUGACAAAGAGAUCUUCCAAAACCUCGGUCGCAGCAUCACGAUGGAGACCAACAUACCAGAACUGAAGUAUUUCAAGGGCGGCUGAACGAGGACAAUCCGUGCACUCCGUGCGUUGGGUCAAGAAGCCCGUCUCAUGAUCGUGAUAUUUCUAGUAAGAAAAUAUAUUUUGUACCUUUUCAUAUUGUGCUUUUCGCCCUACCACGUUAAGUGCCUUAUAUUUAAAGAAAGUAGAGAGGGUCUCAUCCUUAUUGUCCGUCCACUGUUAAAACAAUACAAU